UUUAACAUUUGCGUGGUGUAUUCUAUUAAAGGUACUGUAGGAACUAAACACAUUUUGAUUUCCGCACGGUUCCUCAUCUAGGGAUCUGCCAUGCCACACCAGUGAGGCAUCCGUUUGUUGAUUAAACGCAAGAGGAGUAAAACUAUUCGCUCUACGUCAAACACGAAACGAAUGUGUGACGGUAUUCUAAUCGAACCGCAUUUUUAGUGUGUGUUACCUCACGAUGCUCCGCGGCUGAUCGAUGAGUGAUGAGUUGAAUUUAGUGAAGUGAAGUCUGGCGUGUGCUCUGCUACAGUACUGACGAAGUGACGACGAUACGGUCGGUCGGUUCAAUUUCCUCCGCUAGUAAGCCGUAGUCACAGGGCCAGUACACAAUUUCUAGUGUCGUAACGGUGUUCGAUAGAGAAAAAUAUUACGUGCUGCAUUUAAUACUUCCUGCGUCAGAUUACAGCUGAAUGCAUUUAGUGAAAUCCACUCGGUGGGCAGUGGGUGGAAAAAAAGCAUCUCGCAGCCAGACCGAUUUGGCUCGUUCAGUCAGCUUCAGGCAGAGGUCAAAGACAUCGGCUGUCGGAAGGCCUUGAGAGGGAACGAGAACAAACACGCGGAAGGGAACGAAAAAGAGAGAGAGAAAAACGUUCAGUAGGAAACGGUUAGAGAGACACACAGACAGAUAGACAGACACUGGUGAAGCGGCAAUAAGAACGCAUUUGAUAAAUACGUACAGCAUAAGACGUAGAUUGUUGUUUGAAUAAACAGAUAGAGUGGGAUAGUACGAGUGAAUCGUUAGGCAAAAUGAGUGAGGAAGAUGGCGAGGGCCAGUCGAACAUCACAACAUCAACACAAGCAGCACUAGUGGCAAGCUCAGAGGAACAACCCAAGGGGGGAGAAACGACGACCCCACUGGGAGCACGAGUUUUUCCCAAGGUUCCUAUCUUUAUCGUUGAAGAUCACCACGACGUGUUGACGUUUCUGUACCGAUGCCUCGGGUCGCGACAUCUGCCUCUCCACGGGAAUACCAUAAUUCACUUUGAUUCACAUCCGGAUAUGUGCAUUCCCAAGCAUAUGCCUGCCGGAUAUGUGUUCAACAAGGAGGACCUGCUUGACAGUAUCAGUAUUGAAAACUGGUUAAUGCCGACAGUUUUUGCUGGCCACGUUGAACGGAUUGUAUGGAUAAAGCCAGAAUGGUCCGCACAGAUACCAAAGGGCAAAUUCCAGUUCAACGUAGGCGAAUAUGAGGGUAGCAUCCGGACAGAUUCAACACUAGAGUACUUUGUUUCCGACGGCUGUUACCAGCCGGAGGAGAAUCUAGAAAACAAGAAACCCCUCAAUCUGGAAGUCUGUUCAAUUACAGAGUACCAGGCGGCUGAAGACGAAGACCUGAAGGACGGUUACAUCCUGGACAUCGAUUUAGACUAUUUCAGUACACACAAUCCGUUUUUGAAAAUUUACGAAAAAGUUGGCCUAUACGAUAAGUUAAAAGAGAUUUUCAUAUCACCAGAGCUGGCAGAUAAUACAGAAAACGAUUUGGAGAAGCUGCAGCGAAUUGCGAAAAAUCGCGAGGAAAAAUUGGAAUUUUUAGAAUCAAUGUUCCUCUACUUGGAGGAGGUUGGAAACCUGAAACAUUUUCUUGUCGACUACCAGCAAGAAAUCAGCGAAGAGUACACACAGCUUUUGCAGAAAGUAUCAGCGCUCGUGGGCACCUUGAAGAAAGAAUAUUCCGAAGACGAAAUCGACUGGUCUAUGAUCUACGAUGCUGGCUGCACCUGCGACGUUACGGAUCUGCCCCACCACGAAUCUAGUAGGGAAGAGAUUCAAACUAUGGUUUCACAGCUGGAAAACUUCCUGAAACGACUUCCCGGCUCGCCGACCGUCAUAACAGUAUCCCGAUCAAGCGAAGACGAUUAUACGCCUGCCGACCAGGUCGAAAUGAUUCAAGAGUUAGUGCUAGCGGCGCUUAAAAAGUGCCUUAGAAACACCGAACUAGACGAACCGACGCUGUACUAUAAAGAUCAGGAUCUCAAGCUGUAGGAUGGUUACAGUUUAGAAUUCCUGCGCCAGAGGCGAAAGACAAAUUUACACAUGAAGCGAUAUGUUUCCUUACUUCCUUUAAUCUUGAACUUCCGUGUAGAAGCUCACAAAAACCAGUGUACCAUUAUUAUUAUGCUACGCCCUAAAAGUGACUAACGUUUAGUUAUUUAAGCCAGAUAAAAAAAAAACAAAAACUAUCAGGAAUAAAACACCAAAAUAUUGACGCGAACUGAUCA